GUGACCAGCAACGUGAUGGAUGAGACAGACGACGGAGACGAGGAGUCCAAGUUUGAGCAUCCUCGGUUACGCCGAGCAGCGGGCAGUGGCGGCAUCAGAAUGAAGAACUUUACGCCUGGACCAGGAGGGGGAGCCGCGUCCUCUGCUUCCAGGAGAAACUCCAACAAGGAGCCCAGCCUUACGCACGCAGAGAACGCCACCGCCGCCCCACGGCCCAUUGCUUUCUCCAGAGCCAAGGAGAGCCACACACCCUGUGCGGGCGAUGUUGCCGAGCGCGCAUUCAGCGCCAAAGCUGGACAACAGGCCUCGCAGUCCGCAGCAGCGGCCGAGCCUAUGAGCGCGACAACAGGGGAUGGUCUGGCUCCCAUUUCCAACAUGAAAUGCACCAAAAACGGAGAAUGCAGGAGGGACUCUGGCACUGGCAGCCUGCGCUCAAUCAUCUCCAAACAGGAGAGGUCGAGGGCCGAGGACGCCGGUAGUGCUGCGCGAGGUGCCUGUAACUCCACCACUGCGAGCAUGGACGGCUCGAUCACGCCAGGCGGUUCCUUGACCGGGGGCCACGGAGCAGACGGAGGUGUCCCCGAGAAGAAGGACUCCAAGGUGUCCUUUUCUAACGCGCCGAGCAGGAAAGCCUCAUGCCCUCAGACUCAGCAGCACAGGACCUCCGUUACUUUCCAGAAAACAGAAGAUGGCCCUCAAAUUGUGCCUGCCGAAGAUGCCGAACCCAGGGGUAGUCAAGCCAGUUUCAUGCAGCGACAAUUCAGCAGCAUGUUACAGCCCGGAGUCAAUAAAUUCUCCUUGCGCAUGUAUGGGAGUCAAAAAGCGGUAGAGAGGGAGCAAGAGAGGGUCAAAUCAGCGGGGAACUGGAUUAUCCACCCAUAUAGCGACUUCAGGUUCUACUGGGAUUUCACAAUGCUGCUGUUUAUGGUGGGCAACCUGAUCGUCAUCCCUGUGGGCAUCACCUUCUUCAAGGACGAGACCACCACGCCCUGGAUCAUCUUCAAUGUGGUGUCAGACACUUUUUUUCUUAUGGACCUGGUCCUCAACUUUCGCACAGGGAUCAUCAUAGAGGACAACUCAGACAUUAUUUUGGACCCUGAAACUAUAAAAAAGAAAUAUUUAAAAACUUGGUUCAUUGUUGACUUUAUCUCAUCUAUUCCAGUGGAUUACAUUUUCCUCAUUGUAGAGAAAGGAAUAGACUCAGAGGUGUACAAAACUGCUCGCGCCUUGAGGAUUGUCCGAUUUACUAAAAUCCUAAGUCUUCUGAGGCUGCUGCGACUCUCCAGAUUAAUACGCUAUAUACACCAAUGGGAAGAGAUCUUCCACAUGACCUAUGACCUGGCCAGUGCAGUGAUGCGGAUUUGUAACCUCAUUGCUAUGAUGCUGCUGCUGUGUCACUGGGAUGGCUGCCUACAGUUCCUGGUCCCCAUGCUCCAGGAAUUUCCUUCAGACUGCUGGGUGUCCCUGAACAAGAUGGAGAACGAUACUUGGUCAGAGCUCUACUCCUUCGCUGUGUUUAAGGCCAUGAGUCACAUGCUGUGCAUUGGUUAUGGUCGGCAGGCCCCUGAGAGUCUCUCAGACAUCUGGCUUACAAUGCUCAGUAUGAUUGUUGGAGCCACGUGCUACGCUGUUUUCAUUGGGCACGCGACAGCCCUCAUCCAGUCCUUGGACUCCUCCAGACGACAGUAUCAGGAAAAGUACAAACAAGUGGAGCAAUACAUGUCCUUUCACAAGUUACCGGCCGACUUCCGACAGAAGAUCCAUGAUUAUUAUGAACACAGAUACCAGGGAAAGAUGUUUGAUGAGGAGAGCAUCCUGGGUGAACUCAGCGAGCCACUCAGAGAGGAAAUUGUCAACUUCAAUUGUCGCAAAUUAGUGGCAUCCAUGCCACUGUUUGCAAAUGCAGAGCCAAACUUUGUGACAGCCAUGCUGACCAAGUUGCGAUUUGAAGUGUUCCAACCACAGGACUACAUCAUUAGAGAGGGCACAAUUGGGAAGAAAAUGUACUUCAUCCAACAUGGAGUCUGCAAUGUUAUUACCAAAGGAACUCUGGCAAUGAAACUCUCAGAUGGCUCUUAUUUUGGAGAGAUUUGUUUAUUAACCCGGGGAAGGCGAACUGCGAGUGUCCGAGCAGAAACUUACUGCCGCCUUUACUCUCUGUCUGUGGAUCACUUCAAUGAGGUGCUAGAAGAAUAUCCCAUGAUGAGGCGAGCAUUUGAGACCGUUGCCAUAGACCGGCUGGACCGUAUAGGAAAAAAGAACUCCAUCCUGAUGCACAAGGUUCAGCAUGAUCUCAACUCUGGAGUCUUCAAUAACCAGGAGAAUGAGAUGAUUCAAGAGAUUGUGAAGUACGACCGAGAGAUGGUGAAACUGGUGGAUUUACAGCGGCCAAGGGCCAUGUCUAUGACCCCAUCCAUUGGUGGGAUGUUUGCUCCUCCAGGUCAGCAACAGGGCGCCUCUGCUAUCGCCACCCUACAGCAGGCUGUGGCCAUGAGCUUCUGCCCCCAGAUGGCAAAUCCUUUGGUGGGCCUUGGGAACCUGCAGUCCCCUCGCAUGGUGCGGCGCUUCCAAGUGAUGCAGAACUUGGCCAGCCCAGUGUCCAUGUCCCCUCUUCAGGCUCAGCCCCCUCAGACUUUUGGCGGGGCGUUUGGCUCUGCCAUCUCCAGCCCUCCCGUCCAGAGUCCUCUUGCAGCCACGGGUCGGACUUUCCCAUACUUGGCCAGUGCAGGCCCCUCUGGUUCACAGUUGUCUUUAGUCCAACACCAUGUCCCCAGCCCCACACAAACACAGCAGCGGCAAGCCUCUCACAAAAGCACCCACUCCCUCCACACAGGCAGUCUGAGCCAGGACAGUAGAGCUAUGUCUGCCUCUCAGCCUUCACUCCCCCAGGAAGGAACACCACAGGCUGCCUCUGUGGCGCCCAGCCCACCUCCCUCCACACGCACCUCCAACACCUCCAUCGGCCCCCCACAGGCUCCCCACCCUAGUGUACCAGGGCCUUCAGGUGUACCUGGGCCCUCAGGUGUGGGGCGGUCAGGGGGCCCCCAGCAAAGGGUGGCCUUUGCCUCUACGCCUCCCCCUGGUGGACCUGCUGUGACGGGGGCAGUAGCACCUCCAGACUCUGGAGUCCCCAAAAAAGAUUCAGUUGUCAGCCUUCCAGAGCUAGACUCUGCUAGAUCCCGGCUGUCUUCCAAUUUGUGA